AGGAAGGGAUUAAAGUCAAAGUGAAAGCAGUUACAGCUCACAUCGAGAAGAAACCCUUAUUUUCACAUUAAUUUCUGAAAUGAACUGCAGGAUUUUCACCGACUCUGAAAUAUAAACACAGACAAUUCUCACUCCCUGAAAAGAGGCGAGUAAAAUAAAGGUUCAAAACACAAGAGGAAGAAAAUGGCUGAAUCUUCAUCACCAGCAAAAAAGAAAAGAAGGAGCAGCAGGGAAGAACCACCUUCAUCAUUUUCUGGUGACUCCAGCAGUCUCCUGUCUGAAGAGCAGCUGCUGUGUUCGAUCUGUCUGGAUGUGUUCACUGAUCCACUCAGCACUCCAUGUGGACACAACUUCUGUAAGAGCUGCCUUACACAGUGCUGGGAGAAGAGUCAACACUGUCACUGUCCAUUAUGUCAAGAAAAAUUCACCAAGAAACCUGAACUGAAGAUUAAUACAACACUGAGAGAGGUUGCAGAUCUCUUCAAGAAGAAACGUGGUCCUGAUAAACCUGGGGUUCUUUGUGAUGCCUGCACUGGAGAGAAGCUGAAGGCCCUGAAAUCCUGUUUGGAUUGUUCUGCAAGUUUGUGUAAAAUUCAUCUAGAGCUUCAUAAUUAUGUGCCCAAACUUAAGAAACACAAAUUAAUAAACCCUGUGGAGAACCUGGAGGACUACAUAUGCCAGAAACAUGAGAGACCGCUGGAGCUGUUCUGUAGAGAUGAUCAGACGUGUGUGUGUCAGUUCUGCACUGAGACAGACCACAAGAAUCACAACACUGUUCCUAUAGAGGAGGAGAGCGGAGAGAGGAAGACUCAGCUGGGAAAAACACAGACAGAUGUGCAGCAGAUGAUUCAGGACCGACUGAAGAAGAUCCAAGAGAUCAAACACUCAGUCGAGCUCAGCAACAGAAGCACAGAGAAAGAGAAAGCAGACAGUGUUGAAGUCUUCACUGCUCUGAUUCGCUCCAUUGAGAGAAGUCAGGCUGAGCUGCUCGAGGUGAUGGAGGAGAAGCAGAGAGCAGCAGAGAGGCAGGCUGAAGGACUCAUUAAAGAGCUGGAGCAGGAAAUCACUGUGCUAAAGAGGAAAGACACUGAGCUGGAGCAGCUCUCACACACUGAGGAGCAUCUCCACCUCCUACAGAUUUACUCCUCCAUGUGCAGCCCUCCACACACCAAGAACUGGACUGAGAUCAGUAUUAACACUGAUCUGAGUGGGGACACUGUGAGGACAGCUCUGUCUCAGCUUCAGCAGACUCUGAAUGAGAAACUCACUAAAACACUCAAUGACAAGUUAAAGGAAGCAGAACUGAAGAGGAUUCAGCAGUAUGCAGUGGAUGUGACUCUGGAUCCUGAUACAGCUCAUCCCGAUCUCAUCCUGUCUGCUGAUGGAAAACAAGUGACAGAUGGAGACAAGCGGCAGAAUCUCCCUGAUACACCACAGAGGUUUAAAUAUUAUCUCGGCGUUGUGGGAAAGCAGAGUUUCUCCUCAGGGAGAUUUUAUUAUGAGGUGCAGGUCAGAGGGAAAACUGCGUGGCGAUUAGGAGUUGUGAGAGAAAACAUUAACAGGAAGGGGAGCAUUACACUGAAACCUCAGAAUGGAUUCUGCACUGUGGGACUGUAUGAUGAGAAUCAGUACUGGGCUCGUGCUGAUCCCGCUGUCCCCCUCACACUGAGAGAGAAGGUGGAGACGGUGGGGGUGUUUGUGGAUUAUGAUGAGGGUCUGGUCUCCUUUUAUGAUGUGAAGUCCAGAUCUCAUAUCUACUCUUUCACUGCUCAGUCUUUCACUCAGAAACUCUAUCCAUUCUUCAAUCCUUGUUUAAAUGAUGGAGGUAAAAAUUCAGCCCCACUGAUCAUCUCUCCUGUAUUAAAGACUGAAUGAAUUUUCAACUCACAGAUUUAAUCAUCUAUUAAAUGGUGAGAAUAAAUAGAAAUAUUUUACAUUUUCUGGUUAAUUUUAGAAAUACAUAUUCCCCUUUAAAAUGCUGUACAGUGUAUUUUAAUACCUGGGUUACUUUUUUGCAGAAACAAAUAAUUUUACUCCUACUGUCUGUUUUUACACAUUUUGAUUGUGGAACUUUGUCAUGACAAAUCAAAUAUUAAUAAAGAUUAUUUACAGUUCACACUGAGUUUUACUGCAGAAUUUAAUCUGAUCAGUAAAAUGUAUGAAGUUCAGCUGCUGAUGUCUGUGUAAAUAAAACCAAACAAAACUGUUUCUCCUUCAAACCUCAUCAAACACAAACAAACCUGUAUUUUAUUUCGAAAUAAAAGUGUCAGGGUUUUUCUGUUCUUCAAAAUAGAAAUGAAUGAAGAAAUGAAUCCUCAAUCUGCACUAAAUCCUUCCAUCUGCUGGUACAAAGGUGAAAUGACGCGGGCCAUUUGGGCUCAAAAUACUAAAUUAAAACAAAUAUGUUAAAUGUAGGAUGGCAGAGGGAGUCUCAUUAAUAGCGGAGCUCCAGUGGAGUACCAUACCUAAGAAAAAAUGGUAAACCCAUCAAGUCGAUUUUUUUGUGGUUGUACCACCAGCAGUGGCAUAGUCAGGAUUUUUUACAUGGGUUGGCCAAAGGGGAACCAAGGAUAUACCAGGGGUGGCCAUAUUUCCUGUAUUCUGAUGUAUCUGGUGCCUAACUCAUGAACAAAACCCAUGUGAGCCAAGAGGUCAGAAAUCUCAUCUCAUUAUCUCUAGCCGCUUUAUCCUGUUCGACAGGGUCGCAGGCGAGCUGGAGCCUAUCCCAGCUGACUACGGGCGAAAGGCGGGGUACACCCUGGACAAGUCGCCAGGUCAUCACAGGGCUGACCAGGCCCGGCCCUUACCAAUUUGACACCCUAGGCAAGAUUUUAGGUGGCGCCCCCUCCCCAACACCAGUUAAAGCCACUGAUAGUGUAUCUAUACUAACAAGAAAUGGAAUAGCUUUGUCUUAAAACAUUCUUUUAUUUAAACAAAAAAAUUGCACGUUCAAAGUACUUAAUUAAAGGCAUUAAAUAAAGAAAUUGCACAUUCAAAAUAUUUAAUACUGAAUUAAAGAAACAAAUACAAAAUAUGAACUGAAUAUAUGAAACAUAAUAUA